AUGAAUUAUUUAUUGUUAUUCUUGGUACUGUCCUUAUAUUACAUAGAUGGAAAAAUUUCAACAGAAAUUGAAGAUCCGUAUCAAGUUUUGGGUGUUUCACGCAAAGCUACCAUCAAAGAAAUUAAGCAUGCUUAUAAAGCAUUAGUUAAAGAAUGGCACCCAGACAAGAGCGAAGAGCCGGAUUCACACGAGAAGUUUAUGGCUAUCACACAUGCUUAUGAGAUUCUCUCAGAUCCAGUGAAAAGAGAACGCUAUGAUAAAUUUGAUUCAUUCGAUGACCCACCUUCUAGCCAUGCAUAUACGCAUUAUUCAUCUGAUGAUUUGUUUGGCUUUGGUUUUGGUGGUUUUGAUAACGGCAAUUCUUUUUUCCAAAAACACCGUAUCUCCAUGCGGAUAUUUUCGCAUGCAUUGAUGGGACGUAGUUAUUUUCAACCAAUUAUAAUAUUUGCAUAUUCCGGUUAUUGCCAACUUUGUUUCCACUUGGAACCUAUUUGGCAAAGUGUAGUAAACGAUCUUGAACCGCUUGGCUAUGGCAUCGGUACAGUUAGUGCAAUUACUGACGGUAAUUUGUUGGAAAAAAUGCGGAUCUCUCGACUGCCAUCUAUUAUUGUGGUUGUCGAAGGACGAGUUAUUCAUUAUCGAGGCUCUAUGCAACCACUUUCUGCCAAAGCUGUCCGUAUUUUUGCACGUGAUGUGAUCCCAAAUACUUUCUUACUUAAAAUCACAAAUCAUGAUGGCUUGCGACGUUUUAUUGAUCAGUGGCAGACCUCAAACAAGAUUUCUGUUGUAAUCUUCGGAAACAAGGAAAAUCCUCGAAUUCGCUAUAUGCUUACUGCAAUGAAAUACGCAACUUUUGCACGAUUUGCUUAUGUUUAUCUGAAUGAUCAGAGCACAGAAAUUGUAAAAAUGCGAGAGGCUUUAGAUAUUACAUGUUUCAAAUGUGAAAAUAUUUUAAUUUUCAACGAUUUCCCACAAAAAGGACCGAUUGCUCGUCUUUCGGUUGGUAAUGGUCAACAAUUCAAUAUCGACACUAUGGGAGAAUUUAUUGAGCGCAAUAAGUAUCUCACUUUGCCAAGGCUUUCGAGUCAGUCGUAUUUCGAUGAUCUUUGUCCGAUCUCAUCACGAAGUUUGCGAAGUCUUUGCGUUAUCCUCAUGACAACAGAUUCAUCCAGUGAUCUGUCGCAGAUUGCUUCACUUCGCAAUUUUGUUCACAGUCGUGGAGCCAAUUUCAAGAACGAAAGAUUGCGUUUCGCAUAUGUUUAUGUCGGCAAGCAAAAAGAAUUUGUUAUGACGUUCUUUGAUGGAUUAUCGCCAAGUGAGCGAUCCUCUUUGCAGGAAACUGGACAUGGUUUACUGAUUCUUUGGCGUUAUGAUCAAAAGAAAGUUCGUUUUGCUUGGUUGAGUAAUUGGUCAGUAGAGGAAAGCGUUAGUGAAAAUGACCUUCAGUUCGAACUGGACGCAUAUAUAAAAGGAGUCAAAAAAUUAGAAUAUCAAGCAACUCUUAAACCAGUGUUAGAUGAAUAUCGGCCGUCGUGGUUUACUCGCGUUUCACGUGCUGCUGUACGAAUGUUUGAAGCUAUGUGGUUUAGUCUAACUAAGGAAGAAGCUUUACCAUUAUUGAGUGCUAUAGGAACAUUACUGAUCAUAUUUUUCAUCGGUUAUGGAUUAAGUUAUGCAAAUGCGCUUGAAGAAAAAUCUCGUAGUCACGUUUCACAGGAAAUAAGGAAAGAAAACAAAGACACUGUUGAUGAUGAUGAUCAGUGCCAUCCUGAAGAUCCGCGUGUCGGGCCUAGAAUUAGCAGCAACCGACCACGAGUGCUUAAAAGACAACAAAAAAUAAUGCGCGAAAUGGAACCAAUGAUGCAUGAAUUGAGAGCAGAAACAUAUUUUGGAAUGAUCAGACUGCUGAAGCCUGGAUGCCGAUCGAUCGUAGUUCUUGUUGACGAGCAAUCAAAGGAUAUUUUGCUACCACAGUUUGCCAAACAUAUUUGGCCAUUUAGAAAUAAUAAAACAUUCUCAUUUGGUUAUUUAAUGGUAGAGAAAAACCUUUCUUGGUUCCGUAAACUUUUGGAGCAUACAUUACCAGCUGAAAGUGGACAAGCACAUGAAGAUGGAUCAUCAAUGUAUGAACGCUUGAAAAAUAUAAAUCCUCGUAAAACACUGGGAACUGUGCUCGUGCUGUGUGGUUGGAAAUUAUAUUUUAAUAUGUAUCAUCCGAUGCACACACCGCCUGGAAAAAAGCAUUUUCUUGGUUUUGAUGAUGAUGGUAAAGACUGUAGCAGCGAAGAUUCUGACGCUGACAAAGCAACUCGAGAGGAGGUCCAGACCUUGCGUAGAGGACAACAUCUUAAACUGGAAGAUGUGCUCAAUGGCCUUCCAAACUGGUUGGAUCGUUUGGUAGAGGGUUCUAUUAGACGAUAUUAUGUACCCGAGUGGCCUAAUAAUCUCCGAUGA